GGCCCCUGCCGCGCCCUGCUCGCCGAUUUGUCUGGGAGCAGCCAGAAGAAGACGUGUCGGCGUGUCGCCAAUUCCUUCUUCUCCUUCUUCCUCGCCGUGGCAACGUCCUCGGGUACGCCGCCGGGAGCUACAACCGCCUCUACAAGAUUUUCCCCUUUACUAUAA